AUGGCCAUCUCCAUCCCCAUCGACGCGAUCACCUCGCGUUUCGGCGAUCGUUUCAACAACAUCCGCGCCCAAUCCCUGAGCACGCGAUUUGCCAACCUGCGCCCCGUCUCCGAAUUCCUCGACAUCAAGCGCAUCUCCAAGCCCGCCAACUUCAGUGAGGUCCAGAGUCGUGUCAACUACAACCUCUCCUACUUCUCCAGCAACUAUGCCGUCGUCUUCGUCAUGCUCAGCAUCUACAGCUUGUUGACGAACCCGGUCCUCCUGUUUGUCAUCAUCUUCGUGACCGCCAGUCUGUACGGAAUCGGCAAGCUUGAGGGUCGCGACCUGGACCUCGGUUUCCGUCGCUUCAACACCUCGCAACUUUACACCGCGCUGUUGUGCAUUGGUUUCCCUCUGGGUCUCUGGGCCUCCCCCAUCGCCACAGUCCUCUGGCUGAUCGGCGCCACUGGCGUGACCGUCUUCGGCCACGCUGCUUUUAUGGAUAAACCAAUCGAGAAUGCUUUUUCCGAGGAGGCGGUCUAG